AUGAAGUUCCACUCUUUGAUGGCCUCUGCCGGCCUUCUUUCUGGGCUUGCCUUGGCUCACCCCGAGGAACGCUUGUCUCGCCGCGAGAUUGACCGUAGAGGUGCACUGUUUAAGAGAUGCGAACCGAAUAUCGCCAAAAUGAACAAGAAGCGCCAUGCCAAGCGCAUGGCGAAACGCCAGAUCGACUGGUCCAAUACCACCAUCCCAGAGGCACAGCCCUACUACCAUGUUAUUCAGAAUACAACCUGCAUUCAGGUUCCAGAUAUCAUCCAGGGACCCUACGUGUGGCCACAGUCUGAGCUCCUGAGGACGGAUAUGAGUGAGGACCAACCAGGUGUUCCCCUGACAAUGGACAUUGGGGUUCUUGACAUGGCCACUUGCGAGCCGCUGACGGACGUGAUGGUGAGCCUUUGGCACGCCAACGCCACGGGCUCUUACUCGUCCUUCACCGCUCUUGACCCCAACCUGGUCUUCGGGGACCUGCUCACAUCACUAAACAUGACGCGAGCCGACAUGGAAUAUGGAGUGACCGAUAUCCACACGGACGACACGACAUUCUUGCGCGGAAUGUACCCAACAGACUCCGAAGGUGUCAUGGAAAUGAAGACGGUGUUCCCAGGCUUCUACGCCGGUCGCAGCUUGCACGUUCACAGUCAGGUCUACACUGACUACACCCUUUUCCCCAACGGCACCAUCAGCUCCGGCUAUCUUGUCAGCACUGGUCAGCUCUACUUCGACGAAUCGCUAUCAGCCGAGCUCAUGGCGCUUGAACCUUACGCGAGCCACACUCAGACCCCGCGUGUGACCAACGACAUUGACCAGUUUUUUCCCGACGGCCUGGAGAACGGAUGGAACCCGGUAUUUGAUGUCAUUCCCGCCGAUGGCGUCGAUCCCAAAAACGGCAUGAUCGCGUACAUAACCAUGGGCAUCGACACAAACAAUAUACAGAACGCACCCAUGAAUAUCAAGACUCCCGGCGAAUAA